AUGGGAGAACUGAGGCUGGAUCCUGAACUUGAGGACGUAAAAGUGAAGCUAGAGAGCGGAAUACAGGUGAAUAAUUAUAUGUUAGAAGAAGGGGCACUACUCCGCAUUGACGGGGAAGGUGAUGUGUUGAAAGUGGUACCAAAGAGUGAUCGGAAAAGGCUGUUUCAAGAAGCUCACAGCGGCUUAUUUGCAGGAGAUUUAUGUUCGCGGAAAAUCAUAUUACUGGAAGACGCUGGCUCAAGGAUGUGA